AUGGAAAGACUCGUGGCCAAGCUAUCCAGGAUGCGAGGUGCGGCCCUGAAAUUGGGGCAGAUGAUGAGCUUUCAAGAUUCGAGAAUGCUGCCAGGACCGAUCAACGAAGUUUUGCAACGAGUCCAAGACAGCGCCGACUACAUGCCCGCUUCUCAACGUAACAAAGUUCUUGCAAGUAACCUCGGCGCAGAUUGGCGCGAUCUCUUCUCCUCUUUCGACGAAAAGCCUCUAGCAGCCGCAUCCAUUGGCCAAGUCCACAGCGCUAUUCUGAAAUCCUCAGGCCAGCGUGUCGCAGUGAAGGUCCAAUACCCAGGCGUCGCCGACUCCAUCGAUAGCGACCUCUCGAACCUCUCCAUACUUCUCACCGCGUCCCGCCUUCUCCCCAAAGGCCUCUUCCUAGACAAGACGAUUGCGAACGCCCGAACCGAACUAGCCUGGGAAUGCGAUUACGUCCGCGAAGCCGAGAUGGGCGAACGCUUUCGUGGUCUUCUCGCUGAUGAAGAAGAUGUCUUCCACGUACCAACUAUCAUAUCCGAAGCCUCUGGCCCACAAGUCCUAACCGCAGAAUUCCUCCACGGCACCGGUGUAACCAAAGUCCAAAACUUCACUCAAGAGCAACGAGACUGGAUCGGCACCCAGAUACUACGUCUCUGCCUGCGCGAGAUCACAGAGUUCAAGUUCAUGCAGACCGAUCCCAAUUGGACAAAUUUCCUCUACAACGCCUCAACUCACAAACUCGAGCUCCUUGAUUUCGGAGCCAGCCGAGAAUUUCCGGACCAUUUCAUAGAGCCCUACAUCCGCACCCUGCUCGCUGCUUCUCGCUGCGACCGCGCUGCCGUCCGCGACUUGAGCAUUCAAUUGGGGUAUUUGACGGGGCAUGAAAGUCAGGCUAUGCUCAACGCGCAUGUCGGUUCCGUAUUGACGCUUGCGGAACCGUUCGCCGAGAAUGCAGCAGAGGUCUACGAUUUUCGGGAUCAGACGAUUACGGAUAGGGUGAGGGGGUUCAUACCCGUGAUGGUAAGGGAAAGGCUGGCGCCACCACCGGAGGAGACGUAUAGUUUGCAUCGGAAACUGAGUGGGGCUUUUUUGCUGUGUGCAAAAUUGGGGGCUAGAGUUCGAUGUCGAGAGAUGUUUGCAAACGCCAUGAGCUCUGCUCAUAUCGAAUAA